CUGAAAACAAGCCGCUCUGUCAAUUUUCUUGGGACAAUUUACUUUGAAUCUAUGUAUCUUUAAAAGGCAACCACUUUGGUCCGUCUCAGCAGCUUUCAGCAGGUCGAUUUAAAAUGGCAUCGAGCUAUGGAUCACUUGUCAAGGAGGCCAUUGUGCUGCUCGAUGGGUUCAGCGCUGGCAGACAGUGUUUGGAUGACUUCAUGGAAGAUGCCUCAAAGGAUCUGCAGAGCAUGGAUACUCUGCACAAGAAGUUCAUACUUGAUGUUGUUUCUGGAUGCAUUGAGCACAAAAAGCUACUGGACGUGGUUAUCAGUGUCUUCUAUGGUCAGAAUGGGAAAUGCCUAUCCAAAGGUGAUCGCAGCCAGUUUGUCAUUAUCUGUUACCUCGCCACAUUUUUCCUUGAUGACCUUGGACUUCAGUGUUUCAGCAACAUUGUGAAAUCCCUGGACAUCAAGAAGAUGCACACAUUCCUGACUUUCUUCUUCACAAACCUCACCACCUGGAUCCAAGAGGAGUGGAAUAACAUCUAUGAUGCUGCCUAUGUGGAGAAACACUGGAUUGACCCUCUGCUGAGGUGGCGCCCUGAGAUCGAUAUUCUCAUGAAGCAGCUUGCUGUCAAAAUAUCUCGUGGGAGUCGGGUCAAGAAAGCUCCAAUUAAAACCACCGAGCCCCAGGAGUUCUCCCUCACCAAACCCAAACCUCCAUCUCUGCCUAUGCCUGAGCUCAUUCCACAGCAGGAAAAAUGCAAACCAGUACCAGAUAGCACAUACAAGGCUCCGAAAGAGAUGCAGAAGAUGGCGGAGUUAAAACAAAAGAACCAGCAACAGACUGAGGAGCUGCUCUAUGAGGCAAAUAUGAAACAGUUCAGAUGUGUAAAUCCACAGAAGUCUCAACACACCAAGAAAGUGAUGUCUCAGAUUAGGGAGGACUUGGAUUCAAAACUCAAGUUCAACUCAUUUCACUCCUCUGGACCUCCUUCCAGCAUUAAGACUAACAGCUGGCCCAUCAAGCUCAACAGUGCAGCCAUCCUGAGGCAGGGGGCGCUAUAUGACCGUCAGGUGGAGGAGGAGCUGCAAAGAAUGGAGCGUCUGGUGGAGGGGGCACGCGAGCCCUCGUCUUUCCUGCAGUGGCAGAAGGAGAUGCGUGAGAGGGACCUUCAGGAGGAGCUGGCCAAGAUUGAGCGCAGGCGGCUGGAGGGACGGAUCAGUUAUGAGGAGGCAGCUAUGGCCCGCACACGUGUAAUGGAACGCAACCAGAAGACUGCUCAGCUGAAGAAAGAAGAGAGAGCUCAGCUGAUGCGACGAUAUGCAGAGAAAAGGUUGCAGGAGGAAAAAGAAAUGAGAGACUUGGUGCAACAAGUGGCAGAAGGCCACAAGAACUCAAAGACAGCCAAAGAGAAGAUACAGAAAUUCAAGCAAAGUAUAGUGAAAGAAGUCUCAGAGCAAAGCCGAGAGCUCCUCCGUCAAGCGCUGGAGGAGGCACAAGCAGAGCUCAGCAGGAAAUUUGAAAUCAUCCAUGAAAUCCGCGCCAUCGAAUCGCUUCCUCACAUUAGAGUCCGGAAUUUCGACGACACAGAGAUUGCAGGCCACGAGCUGCUGGGAGAAAUGUCCCUGCUUGAGCUGAAGGAGCGGCUGGCCCUCCUGAGGGAGGCGCAGCAAACAGAGCAGCAGGAGAAACGGGAGCACAUCCUGGAGGAGAAGCAGAGCAAGAAGCAGCUGCUGUCGGAGCAGCUGGACACCAUCGAGCUCCACAGGAGAGUGCUGGCACAGGCGGCUGCCAUCAGGAAAGAAGAGAGGAAAACCAGGCUGGGUUUUCAGCAGGCAGUGACUCAGGAUGAGACAGUUUUGGCUCUGCAAAGGAAGCUCGAAGAGAAACAACGAGAGCGCCAAAGACUGAAGCAAAUCGAAAGCAAGAAGGCCAGAACCCCUGAACAGGCAGCAGCACAAGCUGUUGGAAACACAGAGGCAUACAACAGAAAAAGCUUGAAGGAGAAAAGCUGGGAGGAACUGGAGCAGAGCUUAGAGCGUCACAUCCAGAAGGACACUCCUUAUGUUGUUUCUCCGACAGAAUCACUCGAGACAUAAACAUGUGCAACAUGCUCCACGGGACUGUGAAUGUUUCAUUUUAGAUCGGAAACUUGUGGGAUGAUUAUCUUUUCCUCUUUUGUUAUUUUAUUAGUUUGACACAUUGACUAAUGUGUGAGUGUCACCAUGAUUUAUUCUCAUGACUUAGCUGAUUAUUAUUUUUACAACUUUUGGGUUCUCUGUAAGAGCGAUUAUCCAGAUUUUCUACUUCCUUCUUUACUGAGGUUUGUUCUGUAGAAUAAAUGUCAAAAAUUCCCCAAUGUAAAGUCCACCCACCUGUGUAUGAAGCAUGAAAGGGGAAGUAAAUCUUCAACUUGUGACUUGUGGAUAAAAAAAAUCCCUUCCCCAAAACACUGCUGCUGUUAUUUCUGUGGCUUGUAUGUUUUAGUAACAAGUUACUGUAAAAAAUGUCACUAAUCAUUACUCAAGAAUAAAGAUGAUUCACCAGUAUCAUCUGUAAAAAAAAAACACCCAUUGCAAAGCAGAACUACGGCAAGAAUAGCAACAGAAAUGUGACAGCAAAA